GUCUUGGCGCGCGUGUCAAAACAUUACAAAUAGCGGUUAAAGUCCUUUAAAAGUAUAAAUAUAUUUGUUUUCCAGUCGAAAACACCGCCGACAAUGACGAGCGCCACGUCUUCAUUCGGUGGUAAGAUACUGACAUUUAGUCACACUCCCGCCGCGAGUGACGGUAAGAAAAGCGAGCUGACCUUCCGCCGCUUUUCCUUCCAAGCGGAUAACAACGUGUUCGUGAAAACAGCGCAAGGAGCCUCCGUGGUCUAUCACAGAGGCGCCUCCCGCGUAGUGGACUCCUCACUAACGUGUAAAUAUGUCGUGGACGCCCACGAGAGGACCGCGGCGCCGUGUGUCCUCGUGGCUAAAACCAACAAAAAAGCCGACGUUUUCCUGUACAGCCUGUUCACGGUGAGUGGGUCCGACACCCUGGAGCCUCGCAUUGAGUUCCAGCUGCCUUACCACCUCCGUGGAGAUGUUUGCAUCCUCAAGGGUCCCACGGUGUUGUGGACACAUGCAGAUGCUGUGUUUCAUACAUCCAGGGAGGACUCUGGACGGGUGAAGGAAGUGGCCCUCCAGCUGUCCCACUGUCUCAUCGGGGAGCUUCCACUCCAUGGGGGACGAGCAUUCCUACUGGGACAGUCCUCCACAAACCAGACCCUUGGCUACCUGCUAGAGACUGCUUGCACCUUUGAUGGCUCCAUGAUUCUACCAUACCCAUACAUCAGCAUCACUAAGUGCAUCCAUGUGCUGUCAGCUCACCGAGAAGGUGAUUUGCUAGGAUGCACCGUGGUUGCAGCCACGUCCAGUCAACAACUUGUAUACCUGGAGGACGGCGUGGUGAAGGACACAUGUCAGCUACCAUUCCAGCUACCUGAAAAUAUUCAGGGGGUUGACACCGGACGGAACGGACUCCUCUUUGUCGUGUCUUUUUGCCACGGACAUGUGUGUGCUGUCAGGAAGGACACGUUGCAGGUCGUCGCCCAGUGGUCGGAAGUGAGCUCCGUGCAUGUGGAUGACUAUCUUGGUUGUGGUACAGAACAGAUGCUGUUAUUUUUAAAGGAUGAAGGGGGACCACCGCUGGAGCAUUACAUCAUCACAGACCUAUGUGGGAUCUCUUAUUCACGUGGUGAGCACAGCGGAGAAACAUCAAAGGCUGCUGCUCCACCGGAGAACCACCUCCUCACACUUCGAGCUUUAGAGUCCAGACUGCAGAGUGGACUGAGCGUGCUGCAAGACCUUCAAAGAGAAGUGAGAGUGAAGGAAAGAGUUGUGCAACAGUCGGUGAAAGCCCUCACUGAUGUCAUCCACUGUCGAGAGCCAUGUCUCACACAGCCUGAACAGGAAGGCCUCGUCUCUCUGUGGGAGAGUGAUGACGAGUCAAAGGACGAGGCCUCUGAUGACAAGACCCAAGUCAUGCCAGCGGUGUCCUACAAACCUCAAGUUGACAAGCUCUGGCAUCGCAUUGUCCUGGACCGAUUGGUCGUGGGAGUGAUACUCAAGGCUGAGAACUGGGUACCAGCGGUCGGUACGAGUUUAUCCGUCCUGACAGUGGCGAGCCAGAGCUCACCGCCCGCAGUCAUCCAGACCCAAAGCCAAGUGUUGUGGCUCCCCGCGCUCGGCCCCUCUGCCGUCGCCGCCACCUCCUCAGCCUCCACCUUCCCAGAGCCGACAGCCAAAAGAAGCAAGCGGCACGACGCAGGCGGCCCAAAUGAUCUCAACACUGCCAGACUCGCCGUGACUGCCGUGACCAGGUUGGCACCUUUGCUGAACUCCGGCUGUGUCAAGUGCGAUGUCAUGCUCCAUUACGCCCCGAGACAGGAUGAUUCCCUUGGCCUUGCCAGCGUAUCGACACCGGCUGUCCUGCAUUGCGGUCAAGUUACUGUAGACAUCCACAAAGAUUUCAAAGCUCAACUGUUGAAAAACCCCGAGAUUAAAACAGAAGAGGCUCAAGAGGACUUUCUGUGUCUUUUGGCGGUGCAAGAUCAUUGGGUUUUCCGCAUAAACUCUCCCAAUCACAGCUUUGGUGAUAUUGACGGCUGGCUGCAAAGGAGAGUGGGCUGUAAGAGGAUAGAAGUGAGCCCUCAGCAUCGACUUUUGGCUUCUCAAGAACCAUCUGCUAUCUCACUGUUGCACUGGCAUCUCAUCAGCCCAUUCCAAGGGGAGCUGACAGUCCACUCCAGCCACUUCCAGAUGCUCCAGCUUCUGGACUCCCUGCUAGGCUACCUUCCAGCGUCCUCCACCAUCCAGCCCGUCAAGUACACAAGAGGAGAGUGGCCACAGCAGAUUUUUUCUCUGACUUUGGAAAAGGAGGUGGCAACACUACAUGAGUUUUUGUCAUUGUUGCCAUGUGUCGAGCAGGAAAGCGAGAGGAUGACUGAGACCCCCGAGACAGGCUCGCUGGAGGGGCUCCAGAGGUGCCGACUGGCCUGGCAAUAUGAUGUGGAGAGGAGUAGGCAGACUCUAAACCCCCUGGUGGAUGUGAGUAGGUACCGCAAGCUUAUCCAAAAGCUGUCGGAAAUCCAGCUUGAUGAGGAUUUAGCUGCUCUCAUGGAGACCUCGUCUUGAUGAAAUAAUACAAACUUUACUGUGGGUGGUGAAGCCAACUUACAACAACAUUCCAAUGUCGUAUCCCAUCCCUUAAUGAGCUUACUUCCACAAUACCACCUCUGAGGUGUCAUCGCAUCCGUCCUGAAUUGAUGUGUCCUUCGAAGCACCACUCUCCGUGGAUGCUCUCUAGUUUUACCUCAAAGUGAGAAGUGUUAUGGUGGGGAUAGCACAUAGAAAAGCUUUUACCGCUCUUUCACCUCACGCUUCAGUUGUUUUCACCAAUGAUGCUCCUGUUAAAAUGCCACAACUGAAGUCAAGAGACUCUUGUAUGCACUAAAUGUCUCAACAGACUGCAAGCAAUUUGUUUUGUUUCAGAAUUUCGCUGGAAAUUACACAAGGGAGUGGGAAUAGACUAAGAUGACAUGAAAGAGAUUUUAAUUAAAAAAGAAUAUACCUGGUUAAGAAAUGUUGAUGAAAUACAAUCGUUUGCCCUAUUCUAAAUGAUCUUGCUUGUUUUCAGUAUAACCUACCACAUUAUAAACCUGUACAGAAAAGGCUAUGAAAGAUAGAUUUUU